GACUUCGAGCUGCAGCAGGUGAAGGACAGCCUCGAAGCGGUGCAGGCACAGCGCGGGCGCUGUGUCCGGCAGCUCGGUCCCAGGACUCCGCAGGAGCUCGCGGACGUGGAGUCCUUGCAAUCUCGGACAGGCUUUCUGUCGGACUUGGUCAACCGCUUUGAGGACAAGACUAUGGCGCUCGAGAAGGAGCUCAAGGAAAUGAGGGAAGACCGGGCCGUCGGUGCUGUGCGGCAAAAGCUAGCGGAGGAUGCUGCCCGCCAGAGUGCGGAAGCGCUGCAACAAAGUAAGGAAGAGGUGGAGAGCGUGAAGCUCCUGCUGCGAGACACCAAGAAAGAGCAUAACAAAAGAGUCCAGGACCUUCUCAAGCAAAUUCAGCUGGCGCGCGGCCGGCGAACAGACACCAAGUUGAAGGAGGAGCAGGAGCGACUUGAGCGGCUCCAAGAUGAGCUCCGCGAGCUGAAGGACCUGAACGGUCGUUUAGUCGAGCGCCUGGGCCACGAAAGGGCUGAGCACGCGGGGAGGUGUGAUAGUGUCGCGCUGUCGCGCCGCUAUCCGGACCGGGCAGCGACAUUGGCGCAGCCUCUGGGAAACUGGAGAUUGUCGGUCUCAUGCCGCAACCGCAAGCGCUCGGCUCUGGUUGUCCUUUCGGCGCUUGGUUUCGCUGCCAAGUUUGAGCUUUCUGUGCUGGACAAGCUAGCUAAGCCGAGGCGAACGUUUGCCGGCCUGUACGAAUGCUUCAGUGUAUGCCAACAUCCUGAGCAGCUCAUCGUGCUGGCGGAAGUCAACGACAACUUGGACCGAGACUUUGCCGGCUGGCAAAGCAACUUGAUCUAUGUGGCUCUGCAGGCACUGCGAUUGUCCCUGUACAGGAUUGGAAUGUGCCUGGCUGUACAACAAAGCCACGAGAAUUCAUCGUCUCAGUGCUUCGCGUACGGCAGCGGUGAUGGAACAGCUAUUCAACGAGUUGUAAGGCCUGUCGCGGAGAAAUUGAUGAACGGUGUCGGGUACAGCCGGGUGCAGCAGUGUUGCCAUUUUCUCCUGUACUCAACUUGGAAGUUCACCCGAAAUGCUUGCUAG